ACUAACAGAAUCGCGUCGCAUUUCGGAAAUCCCUUCCAUUUUAAGGAAUAGGAAGAGGCCAUAAAAGCUGUCUCCCCUAACCCGAAUCUGAUGCCAUCCCCUCUUUCUCUCUCCUAAAUACCCACAUAUCUCUCUCUAACCCAAUACCUGCCUUUCUCUCUCUAACCCGAGCCCUUCACCUUUUGUGUCCCUCUACUCCCACCAUGCUCAGAGAGGUCUCCAUGAUUAUCUUCUUUGUGGGUUUGGCCAUGGCGUUGAACUCGAUGCGCGGGGUGAGUUUGGGCUUGGGAUCGAGCUUGAGGCCCGGGUUUUACAUAGAGACAUGCCCAGGGGCUGAGGCCAUAGUGAGGGAGGUGAUCCGGCAAGCCAUGAUUAGAGAGCCCAGGAACGCAGCCUCUGUUAUGCGCCUGCAAUUUCAUGACUGCCUUGUUAAUGGUUGUGACGCUUCACUGUUGCUAGAUGACACGCCCAGCAUGCUCGGUGAGAAGUUGGCCCUCUCCAACAUAAACUCACUGAGGUCUUAUGAGGUUGUAGAUGAAGCCAAACAGGCUUUGGAAAAACUUUGCCCAGGCGUUGUCUCUUGUGCAGAUGUACUUAUCAUGGCAGCAAGAGACGCUGUAGUCUUGAGUGGAGGGCCGAGCUGGGAGGUGGAGCUAGGCCGAAAAGACAGCCUAACCGCUAACCAAGAAGACUCAAACCGAAUCAUGCCAAGUCCUCGAGCCAACGCCACCUUCCUCGUCCAACUCUUCGAGUCAUUUAACCUCUCAGUCGAGAGCCUUGUGGCCCUUUCAGGCUCACAUAGCAUCGGCAAAGCCCGCUGUUUCUCGAUUGUGCAUCGCCUCUACAACCAGUCAGACACCGGCAAGCCCGACCCGUACAUGGACCCUGUCUACAGAGACAGACUCGACAAUCUCUGUCCCCUUAAUGGUGACCAGAACGUGACAGGCGAUCUUGACUCCACACCUCAACUCUUCGACAACCAAUAUUUCAAAGACUUAGUGAGAAUGCGAGGGUUCUUGAACUCGGACCAAGUGCUCUUUUCUGGUGGGAGAAGGGACACAAGAGAACAUGUUUUGAGGUUUAGUCGUGACCAGACAGCGUUCUUUGAGGCAUUUAAGGCCGGCAUGGUGGAGCUUGGGCGGCUGCCACCCCAGGCAGCCAUGGGUAGCGAGGUGCGGCAGAACUGUCGGCACGUAAAUCAAUGGUUGGAUGCUAUGCUCUUGGAAUCGAUGGCUCCUACGCAUUAGGUGAUCGAGGUUGUAUUAUUAGAAUUUUGGAUUUUAAAAGUAUAGGUGAUUUAUUAUUAGUGAUGAAAUGAGCUGAUUAUGGUGAGUAAGAAGUCCUAUAUGCACUGCACCCUUGCUGGUCAAUGAAGGAAAAUAUCAAACUUAGUCAAGGAAAUUAUAUCACUCAGAGAGAGAUUGCCAUUGCUCUCACCGACUUGGCCCCAGGUGGGACAAAGAAUGCCCGGGUAUUAUGAAAAUAUAAAUAAAGAUUUACCUC